CUUUUUUAUUUCCUUUUAUUUUUAUUAUUUUAUUAUUGGUUCACUAUUAUUUGAUCAUGAUGGACAUUCAAAAAAUAGUGGAUGCCAUGGAUUAUGUGGAUUACAAACAAUAUGUCAUAGGAUUUGCUAGUAUUAUAUUUACUUUUGAACAAUACUUGAAUUAUCGUCAGUAUAGAAGAUAUCUGAUGCGUGAUCGACCCAAGGAAUUAGCUGAUAUUGUUACUGAAGAAGACUUUAAAAAAGCACAAAGUUAUAAUUUGGAUAAAUCUCAAUUUGGAUUUGUACACGAUCUUGUCAAACAACUAGAAACUUUACUUAUUUUGAAUUAUGAUGGUAUGGCAUGGCUUUGGUAUACUUCCGGUCAUCUUUUGGAAACAUAUGCUGGUUAUGGAUCUGAAUAUCAGAUUUUACAAUCCUUGGUAUUUUCCAUUUUAUUUAGUUGGUUUUCUACUAUAACUUCUAUUCCAUUCUCUCUCUAUUCUACCUUUGUGAUUGAAGAAAAACAUGGAUUCAACAAACAAACUAUUGGUUUAUUUUUCACUGACCUUUUGAAGAGCCAACUGAUUAUGCUCGUAUUGAUGUGCCCCUUAUUAUCUGCUUGUUUAUGGGUGAUGCAAUCCACUGGUGAUAAAUUCUUUUUAUAUAUUUGGAUUCUUUUGAUGGUAUUUCAAUUAUUCAUCAUUAUGAUUUAUCCUACUGUGAUUCAACCUUUAUUCAACAAAUUAACUCCUAUGGAAGAAGGUGAUCUUCGUAGUCAAAUUGAAGCCUUAGCUGCACGUAUCGCUUUCCCUUUGAAAAAGCUUUAUGUGAUUGAUGGAAGCAAACGAUCAGGACAUUCCAAUGCUUACUUUUAUGGAUUUGGCAAAAAUAAACAUAUUGUAUUAUAUGAUACAUUGAUUGAUCAUUCUGACAAUGAUGAAAUCUGUGCAGUGCUGGCUCACGAAUUGGGACAUUGGAAAAUGGGACAUACAUUGAAAUUACUUGGUGUCACUCAAAUCUAUGCUGUCACUAUGUUCUGGUUCUUCUCUUUCUUUAUUCACAAUGUCAAGUUUUAUCAGGACUUUGGUUUCCAUACCACUCCCGCUUUGAUUGGUUUUGUUUUAUUCCAAAGUGUCUAUGCUCCUGUUGAUAGUGCUAUUAGUUUCCUCAUGCAUAUGUAUCAACGUAAGAAUGAAUAUGAAGCCGAUGCCUUUGCUCUCAAACUUGGAUUUGCUUCCAAAUUACGUAGUGCCUUGAUCAAGUUGAGCACUAAGAAUUUGGGUGGCUUCAAUAUGGAUCCCUGGUAUUCUGCUUGGAAUAAUUCUCAUCCUACCUUGACUGAACGUCUUAAUCAACUUGGUGUCGAACCUACUUCUGACAAACCCAUUGCUGUACCUGAACAAGAAACCAAGAAGGAUUUGUAAAUUAUUACUCUACCCUUUUACACACGUAUUUCUUUUUUUCUCUCUUUAUAUCUUUGUUUGUUUUGUUUUGUUUUAGAAUUCUUCCACCUUGAUUUCAUUCGUCAUCGUUGUUGUUAUCAUCUAUUCUUCCUUUUUUUUUUUUUGUUUUUGCUAUCAUACUGAAAUAAAAUCAAUAAAAGAAAAUAUUAUAUUCAUCUUUUCUUUGUGUAUGCGUGUAUCAUUUGACUUUUU